AUGAAUAGACCUGAAUGCCACGGAAAAAAAAGUGACAUCGGCCGUAGCUCAAGAAUCGCAAGACGCCGCCGCGACUACAGGCGCGCAGCAAAAAUCGUAGUAGAAAAUACAGCUCAAGCUCUCAAGCCAACUGAUACAUUGAAUGGUGUUCAAUCUAAUUUACCUCCAACUUCCAGUGCAGACUUGAGUGUGAUGCAUAACUCUUCAAUGAUGCCUACAGCAUCUCACAAUAUGGUGCAGCAGGCACCAGCACAAAUUAGGGCUAACAAUUAUCAGCAAAUGAUGUACGGUCGGGAUGUUGUACCAAUGCCUGUUAAUGCAAGAGCGGCUACUGCUGGAACUGUUUAUCCCCCUGCAAUGUACUACCAAAAUAUAAAUCGAAGUUUUACGAAUUCAAUCCAUGUUCCUGCAGAUGUUAGAUUCAAACGCUUGCCAUUUUAUGAUAUAAAAGCUGAAUUAUUAAAACCUUCAAGUUUAGUGCCGCAAACUCCACAAAGAAUUCAGGAAUGUACAUUUUCCUUUACAUUAACUGCUGAACAAGCUACUAAAAUUGCAUCAGGCAGAGAUGCUAGUAAUCCUAGCAAAGUAGAUUACCCAACACAGGUUCAAAUGAGGUUUUGUUUGUUGGAUCCAAGUUGUGAACAAGAUGAUAACUUUCCUCCAAAUGUCGUAGUGAAAAUCAAUAACAAACUGUGCCAGCUUCCUAGUCCUAUUCCAACAAACAGACCUAAUGUUGAAGCUAAAAGGCCAUCUAGACCAGUUAAUGUUUCAAAUUUGGUGAAACUUAAUCCCUAUGUUGCAAAUGUUGUAAAUGUGUCUUGGGUACCUGAUUAUAAUAAGCCUUAUUCGAUAACUAUAAAUCUAGUAAAGAGAUUGACUUCAAGUGAUUUACUACAAAGAUUGCAAGAAAAAGGCCUGAAGCCACCGGAGUUUACUCGAGAUCUGAUUAAACAAAAAUUAAAUGAUGACAGUGAUGAUAUAAUGACUACAGUUUUGAAUGCAUCUUUAACUUGUCCUGUUGGAAAAAUUCGUAUGGUAACUCCGUGUCGUCCAUCAACUUGUGAUCAUCUUCAGUGUUUCGAUGCAAGUUUAUUUUUGCAAAUGAAUGAGAAAAAAGCAACGUGGAUUUGUCCAGUUUGCGACAGGCCUGCUUUAUAUGAUAAUUUAAUGAUAGAUGGCUAUUUUCAAGAACUUAUACAAUCUCCAACAUUUAUAUCGGCUAAUGUUAAUGAAGUUAUAUUAUUGAAAGAUGGAUCAUGGAGUAUAGAAAAAAAAGAACCAGUAGUGCAAAAGAAAACUUCGAAAACUAGUGUAGAAAUAAUUUGUGAUGAUGUGGAAAUCAUAUCAGUGGAGGAUUUUAAAGGUGAUGAACCCACUAGUACUACGACUACAGUACAACCAAGUGCUCCUUCUACUACU